AUGGGGACCCUGGGCUGGGGGGCACCGGGGUGCAGGGGAUGGGGUGGGGGGGAUGUGGGGUGGGGGGGGAGGGAGGGACAGCCAGUGGGGAAAAGUCCUGGAAAGCCACCCCCAGGGCAUCGCCGUGACGGUUCCUGCUCCUUCCUCUUGCAGGACCUUGUGAAAAACCAUCUGAUGUAUGCGGUGCGGGAGGAGGUGGAGGUCCUGAAGGAGCAAAUCAAAGAACUGUUGGAGAAAAACUCCCAGCUGGAGCGUGAGAACAGCCUCCUGAAGACCCUGGCCAGCCCCGAGCAGCUGGAGAAGUUCCAGUCGCGGCUCCCCGCCGAGGUGCUGUGCCCGCAGGAGCAGAGCCCUGGGGCGGCCCCCCCGGCCCCGCACGCGGGGGGUUCUGCGGUGUAAGGUGGCUCUGUCCUCGGGGUGGGCAGAGCCACGGAACUCUUUCUACUUCCAUCUCCUGCAAAAAACAAAAAACACAAACCAAAACACCAAAACCCUAAAACCACAAAGCCGUUUUUCCGCCUCGUGCGGAGGACUGCCGGAGCCCGGCGCCGAGCCGUGCCCGCCGGGCAGAGCCAGCGGCCGCCUCCCGCAUGAGGAUGCUCGACCGCCGGGGAGGUGCCGGCAGCUGACCUCGCCGAAACCUGGGCCCCCCGCGGCCCCCCCGGGCACGUCGGUGGGACCCCGCCGUUGGAAGGAGUGCGCGCCCCGAGCCCCGUGCCUUUGCUGCCUUGGUUUAUAUUUUUGGGGGGUGUUUUUUGGGGGGGAGGCAGCCGAAACCUGACUCUCGAGCAGCACGGGCAGUUGUGGUUGCACGCGCGUCGGCGUGGGGAUUACGAGGAAAAAGAGGAGGAAAAAAAAAAAAAAAAAGCUUGUUUUACUAGUUCAGAGUCUUCUGUAGCCGUAUCUAUGUGCAAACACGAGCAGCGCCCGCGAUGCUGCGGGUGCUGAGGGCCAGCCAUGCCCUUCUGUGUACAGCCGGGGGAUGUGAGUGGAGACUGGAACGCCAAGCGGCUGUAACUGGGUGAACUGGGCGGCCCGAAGGAGGGAACGGCAGUGAUGGGGGGGCUGCGCUCCUGCCUGCGCCCCCCGGGGCUUGCCGGCUUCCCAGGUGACGGGACGUCCCUGCGGACGUCAGACAGUUGGAGCGGUGACACGGUUGUGUAAAUUUUGUUAGAAAUGGCAAUAAACUCUACUUUUUUAUAUAA